UGGAAAGCAGCUAAGCUAUGGAAUUGCAGCAUAUGAAGCUUCAUAGACCUCACUCCCUCCUAAGUCUCCACAAAUUUACACUCGUUCUUCCCCUCUUCUUCAAAUUCAGCCGAAAAUUCUCAAAACCCCUCUCAUUAAGCUCCUCGGGAAGCAAAUUAACGAAAGAUUACGAUCCAGAACUGUUUAAUUUAUCACGGAAUGCUGUUUCCCAGCAUUCAAAUUUCAAUUGUCAGGAGAUUUCAUGGGAUACCUACAACGAUAUGCUGUGCGAAAUGUGCGAGGAAGGAGAACUCGACUACGCCAUGGCUCUGCUCUCUCAGAUGGAGGCGCUGGGUUAUCGCCCCAAUUCGGCGUCGUAUUCAAGUUUGAUAGCUAGCCUCGGAGACGUCGGGAGGACGCUGGAGGCGGACGCGAUAUUCCAGGAAAUGGUUAUCUCGGGCGGUAGGCCGAAGAUCGGGCUGUUGAAUUUGAUGCUCAGAAGCUGUUUGAUGAAAGGCCUGUUAGAUUUGUCUGACAAAGUUCUGCGCGCGAUUGAUGAAAUGGGAUUGGAGAGGAAUCGUAGGACGUUUGAGGUCUUGAUCGAAUACUAUGUCAGUGCAGGGCGCUUGAACGAUACGUGGCUGGUGCUUGCUGAGAUGAAGAGGAGAGGGUACCAGCCGAAUUCGUAUGUGUAUAGUAAGAUCAUCGAGAUUUAUAGGGAUAACGGGAUGUGGAAGAAGGCGAUGGGGGUUGUGGCAGAGAUACGGGCGAUGGGGAUGGUGAUGGAUAGGAGGAUAUAUGGUAGCAUCGUUGACACUUUUGCGAGAUAUGGUGAGUUGGGAGAUGCUUUGGAAGUGUUUGAGAAGAUGCAAGAGGAUUGCAUAGAGCCGGAUGUUAAAAUAUGGAAUUCUUUGAUCCAAUGGCAUUGUAAAUUCGGAGAGACUGAUGGUGCUGUGAGGUUGUUUGGUAGGAUGCAGGAACAGGGGAUUUAUCCUGAUCCGAAGAUUUUCAUGACGAUCAUCUCCCGUUUGGGGGAGCAGGGUAAGUGGGACGUGAUAAGAAGAGUUUUCGAAAGUAUGAAGGGGAAAGGACACCAGAGGAGUGGAGCCAUCUACGCGGUUCUUGUUGAUAUAUACGGGCAGUACGGGAAAUCCCAAAAUGCUGAGGAUAGUGUAAUGGCGCUGAAAUUGGAAGGUGUUCAGCUUGAUCCUAGCAUGUUUUGUGUUCUGGCAAAUGCUUAUGCUCAGCAGGGAUUAUGCGAACAAACUGUCAAGGUACUGCAGCUCAUGGAGGCGGAGGGAAUGGAAAUGAACCUAAUAAUGCUGAACGUUUUGAUCAACUCGUUUGCAGUUGCUGGACGGCAUAUCGAAGCGCUAUCGGUCUACCACCACAUGAGAGAGAGUGGUAUCAGCCCUGAUGUUGUGACAUAUAGUACUCUAAUGAAAGCCUUUUUGUGGGCCAAGAAAUUUGAUCAGGUCCCAAAGAUAUACAAUGAAAUGGAGGCUUCAGGAUGCUCACCGGAUAGAAAAGCCCGCGAAAUGCUGAAAUCGGCCCUGCUUGUUCUCGAACAAAGGCAAUCGUAGUGCGAGCUCGUUCGCCUGGAUUCUUCCAGACACACCAGACAUCACACUUGAGGGGGCUACGAUUAGUUAUACACCCUUGUUCCAUAGAAGUAUUUAAGAUGAUUGAUGGAUGUAUAUAGGUUGUUGUUUUUGUUUGAUUUUAUGGAAUCAACAUCGGUAUGGGUGCUUUUUUCCA